CACGUAAUUUCUUCGCUCCCCGAGGAGUAGAGAUGCAGACGGCAACGGCCGCGGCGGCGGCGCCGUGGGCGCCGACCGCAUCCCCGUCCACCUCCUCCUCCGCGACCCCCUUCAAGGUGGGGACGGGUCUCCGUACCUCCUCCGCGCCGAGGCUGGUUGCUAAACUGGCUCGCCCCCGGCGGCGGCCGCGACAAGUGGUGCAGGCUAUUGCCAACCCAGAUCCAGCGGUCGAGCUGCCAUUGACUGCUGAAAAUGUGGAGAUGGUGUUGGACGAAGUGCGUCCUUACCUAAUGGCUGAUGGAGGCAACGUCGUGUUGCAUGAAAUUGAUGGAAAUGUGGUGAGGCUGAAGCUGCAAGGAGCUUGUGGAUCAUGCCCAUCCUCAGUGACAACAAUGAAGAUGGGUAUUGAGCGGCGUUUGAUGGAGAAAAUACCAGAGAUUGUCGCAGUUGAACCCAUCGCUGAUGAGGAGACUGGUCUUGAGUUGAAUCAAGAGAACAUAGAAAAGGUGCUCGAUGAGAUCAGGCCGUACCUUUCAGGCACAGGUGGUGGUGAACUCGAGUUUGUUUCAAUCGAGGAACCUAUUGUUAAGGUCAGGCUCACAGGCCCAGCUGCUGGUGUGAUGACUGUUCGGGUGGCCCUCACUCAGAAGCUACGCGAGAAGAUCCCUAAAAUCGCAGCUGUCCAGCUGUUGUCAUAAUCCCUAAAGCACAUUUAGAAGCCAAUACUUUACAAUGAGAAUGUGUUGCUACAAUAAUUGUCAGGAAGUUGUAAUAACAUUUGUAUAUGUAGCCUCCCAAAGAGCUGUGCGAAUAUAAGUUCCAAAUAGUGAUGGAUGGCCAAUAUGGAAUGUCAAAAGGGUUCGAGAUCGCCUCUGUGCGGUGAACGCUCGAAUGUUCACUUGCUGGAUUCACAAAAGUUUUGGUCUGUACCUGUACAAUCUGUGAAUACAACUUCAGCCUGUAGCAAUAUUUUGCAAAA